CCAGGGAAACACGAAGUGUCCCCUAUUCAAUAUAACAACAGGCCAGAAAGAAAGGAAGGCUCCCGCAGCCAUGGCCAUGGCGUCCUCUCACCACAGCCCUCUCACCAUCCCACUUGCAACAAACAGAAGAUGUACCCAAAGGCGGGCCCAGUUCUUGUCCUGCAGGGCGUCCAUGAAAAAUCGCAUCCAACAACCGCAAACCAGGGAAGACGAAGCAAAGAAGGAUGAUCGAUUAGUGAAUCUAGCAAUAGCAACAUUUGCAGCCGGGAUCUUGACACUGGCUCCGGUCAGUGAUGCCAUGGCUGCAAAAACCGGUGGCAGAGUUGGUGGCCAGGCAUUCCGCUCCGCGCCGCGUGCUUCAUCGCCAAGAAUCAACAAUUCAAGGACAAACAUCUAUAUAAAUCCUCCAGUGGCACCUCCACUCAUUGGUGGCUAUGGAUUUGGUUCACCAUUUUAUGGUGGCUGGGGUUGGUCUCCUUUCUCAUUUUUCGUGCCUGGGCCGAGCGUGGCGGUUGGAAUCGGAGGUGGGUUCGAGCUUUUCGCACUGUUCGUGCUGUUGGGAGUGAUAGGAGCCAUAGUUAGAAGAUUCACUGGAGGAAGAAACGAUGAGGACGAUGACUACUAUUAAGCAGGAGAUUACUGAUUUGAAUUGUCUCCUUUUAGUGUCAAUGACAUUGUGUAUAAGAGUUCUAUGUAUAUGUGAUGAAUUUUGCAUUCA